UUGUUUUCGUUAUCUGUCUGUUCAUUUGUAAUUGAACCGGCAUCUUAGUAUUAAUACUACCUAUAUUUAAGCUGUGUCUUUGUAUUUUUUAAAGUAUACUUGUCGUUUAACGUAUGUCGUCCACCUCGGGUGGAGCAGGCGAUAAGCCUUCCAACCCAAAUUCCAAACUCAAAGUCAAUCUCCAAAAAUCCAAAAAUCACUCAGAAUGGAAAGUUGUACAAAAAAAAAAUAAUAAUAAGUCGUCGAAUAACACUCCUUCAACACCGAUCUCGCCGAAUCUUCAACACAUCAUCGAUAGGAACCCUCAACUACAACUACCUUCAGGUACACAGUUCCAAUUUAACGAUUCUAAUAUUAAUCAUGUUAAUAAUGAUAACGAUAAUAUAAUUACAUUGCCUGCGGUCGACUGUUACUCCGUCGAUAUGGAUUUAGAUAAUUCACUUAAUAAUUCGUGCGAUAAGAACGGUACUGGUCAUGCGACAGUCGCAAAUGACCACAGUCCGCCGAUUGUCAACACAACGCCAGACAAUACCAGUCUUACAUACACGUCUUCAAAACAAUUAAAUUCACACGGUCGCGAUUCCAACUUAAUUAAAUUUUCGGACAAUUUUACCGGGGUCCCUGUUAUUAUAAUAGAAGCAAUUUCGGAUAAUAACAACGUCGGAAAGCUUCAUCCUAUGAAAGUUGGCAAACUUUUUUUUAAUAAAUUCAAUGGCAUUCUGCGUAUCGAUCCAAUUGGCGUGAGAGUAAAAGUUACGUUCGACUCUAUUAUUUCCGCCAAUAUCUGCCUAUCCUCGGUAGAGCUAUCUACUAUGGGUUUACAAGCAUACAUUCCAUCUACACUUGUAUAUUCAUUUGGUGUUAUUAAUCUUGAUGUCUCGGUUCCCGAAGAAGAUUUUUGGGAAGGUUUAGACUCAACGGUGCAAGUUGUCAGCUUCCGUCGCAUAUCAACCAACAAUAAUAGUAGCUCUUAUUUACCAUCCAAAUUGGUGGAGUUGAAAUUUCUCUCCCCAAUACUCCCAGAAAAAGUCGCCAUUUAUAAAGUUUUAUUUAAAGUUUCACCCAGCAUUCGAUCACCAGUAAUUUGCCAAAAUUGUCUCCGUUAUGGUCACACUGCUAAAUUCUGUCGUGGUAAAGCCAACUGCUCACACUGUGGUUUACCCGAUCAUUCGUUCUCUAACUGCCCCACAAAAGAGUCAACCGUACCGUCAUGUUUCCACUGCAAAGGCUCUCAUGUAGCCACUGACCGGUCAUGUACGGAAUGGUCUCGUCAGAAAAAUAUUAAGAAGAUUAUGGCCACUGAAAAUGUGUCCUAUAAGGAUGCGGUUUUUAUUAUUAAAAAUAAUAUUGUUAAUAAAUCAUCUACUUUUUCUGAUAUUACUGCUAAACCUAAAACCAACGAUGUAAGAGAAUCCAGCAAUAACAACAUUAUUAUUUCAGAUGAGACUUUCCCAAAUAUUGGUGAAUCUCAUGUAAAGUUAAAAACAAAAAAUUACAAUCAUAAUUUUUCUCGUAAGAAAAACAACUCUAUUCCCUCUAAGCAACCAUCUCACCCAGUUCCUGUCAAUAAGGAUUUUUCUUUCCCUAAUGGCACUUUUCUAAAUUAUAUGUCAGAGAAUACUUAUGCUUUUCCCAAAGAGAAUUCUUGGGUAUUUUCACUCGUCAAUCAGCUUACUCAUACAUUAAUUAAUGACCCAGCAUCUUUUUCUUCGCAUUCCUCUCUUAAUAACAUAAUUGAGUCUCAUAUAAUUAAUUUUUUCUCUUCCAUACAGAAUGGUUCGCAGGAAAAUUAACGAUCAU